AUGAUUGCUCAAACCAAAGUUUCCCUUGAUAGGAUUGUCAGUUUUCUUCGUCUAGAUGAUUUGCAGACUGAUGUAGUGGAGAAGCUUCCGCAAGGUAGUUCUGAUAUAGCAGUUGAAAUGGUAGAUGGAAAUUUCUCUUGGGAUUUUUCUUCUGUCAAUGCAACUUUGAAAAACAUAAACCUUAGAGUUUGUCAUGGUAUGAGGGUUGCUGUUUGUGGUACUGUUGGAUCAGGCAAGUCGAGUUUACUUUCUUGUAUAAUAGGUGAAAUACCAAAGAUAUCUGGUAACUUGAAGGUGUGUGGAACAAAGGCUUAUGUUGCGCAAUCACCAUGGAUUCAGAGUGGAAAGAUAGAAGAGAACAUACUGUUUGGGAGAGAGAUGGAUAGGGAAAAGUAUGAGAAGGUGCUAGAAGCAUGUUCGUUGAAGAAAGAUUUAGAGGUUUUACCAUUUGGUGAUCAAACCAUUAUUGGAGAGAAGGGAAUCAAUUUGAGUGGUGGACAGAAGCAAAGAGUACAAAUAGCGCGUGCACUUUACCAAGAUGCCGAUAUAUAUCUUCUCGAUGAUCCCUUUAGUGCUGUUGAUGCUCAUACAGGAUCUCAUAUCUUUAAGGAGUGUUUGCUUGGCCUUUUGAAAACAAAAACUGUGAUAUACAUAACUCAUCAAGUAGAGUUCUUACCUGAUGCUGAUCUGAUUCUUGUAAUGAAAGAAGGAAGGAUAACUCAAUCAGGAAAAUACAACGACAUUCUUACGUCAGGAACCGAUUUUAUGGAACUUGUAGGUGCACAUAGAGCAGCGUUGUCUUCAGUUAAGUCCUUAGAGAGAAGGCCUACGUUCAAAACAUCCGGAGAAGACAUAAGUUCAUUAAUUGAUUUUGAACUUGAGCAAGAAACCGAAAAAGUAGAUGAUCCAAACGACAAGUUAGAUGAAACGAUUGUGCCGAAAGGCCAACUUGUUCAAGACGAAGAAAGUGAAAAGGGUAGUGUUGGGUUUAAAUUGUUUUGGAAAUACAUUACAACAGCUUAUGGAGGAGCUCUUGUACCUUUCCUAUUGCUUUCACAGAUACUCACUGUGGUUUUACAAAUCGCAAGCAAUUAUUGGAUGGCUUUGGCAACUCCUGUUUCUGCAACUGAAGAACCUGCUAUUGGAAACCUUACUCUGAUGGUUGUCUAUGUUUCUUUGGCUAUUGGAAGUUCCUUUGCCACUCUUGGCAGAGCAGUUCUUGCUGUGAUAGCUGGAUACAAGACUGCCACCAUUCUCUUCAAUCAAAUGCAUUUCAGCUUCAUUCGAGCACCGAUGUCAUUUUUUGAUUCAACCCCAAGUGGAAGAAUUCUUAAUAGAGCUUCGUCAGACCAAAGUGCAGUAGAUACGAACAUUUCAAAUCUAGUAUGGGGUUUCACCUACAAUAUGGUUCAGCUAUUGGGAAGUAUUGCCGUGAUAUCUCAAGCAGCAUGGCAGGUGUUCAUAGUAUUGAUUCCUGUAAUGGCAGGUUACAUUUGGUUCCAGCGAUACUACUCAGCAUCAGCACGGGAAUUGGCACGAUUAAUUGGUAUAUGUCAAGCUCCAGUUAUACAACACUUUUCUGAAACAAUUUCUGGAUCAACAACCAUAAGAAGUUUUGAGCAAGAAUCAAGAUUCAAUGAAAUGAAUAUGCAAUUGAUAGACAAAUAUUCCCAACCUAAAUUAUACAGUGCUAGUGCAAUGCAAUGGUUGGAUUUAAGAUUGGAUCUUUUAUCCUUUACCAUAUUUGCCUUCUUCUUGAUUUUAUUGGUAUCUUUUCCAAGUUCAAUUGCUGAUCCUAGUAUUGCGGGAUUGGCUGUGACAUAUGGGAUUAAUCUAAAUGCUAUACAAGCUGAUUUAGUUCGGUUUCUUUGCAAUUUGGAGAACAAAAUUAUAUCUGUAGAAAGAAUACUUCAGUACACCUCCAUCCCAAGUGAAGCACCUCUUGUUAUAAAAGACAAUCAACCAGAUCAUUCUUGGCCAUCAUUCGGAGAGGUUCAUAUCCAGGAUUUACAGGUUCAAUAUGCUCCUCACCUGCCUGUUGUUUUACACGGACUUACAUGCACUUUUACUGCUGGAGCAAAAACUGGCAUUGUUGGAAGAACUGGAAGUGGAAAAUCAACACUAGUGCAAGCACUUUUCAGACUUGUUGAGCCUAUCUCAGGACAAAUAUUGAUAGAUAACAUCAACAUCUCAUUGAUUGGAAUCCAUGAUUUACGGUCCAGACUGAGCAUAAUUCCUCAGGAUCCAACAAUGUUUGAAGGGACUGUAAGGAGCAACCUCGACCCGCUGGAAGAGUACACAGAUGAACAAAUUUGGGAGGCUUUAGAUAUGUGCCAACUAGGAGAUGAAGUGAGGAAGAAAGAAGGAAAGCUCGACUCAACAGUUAGUGAGAAUGGAGAAAACUGGAGCAUGGGUCAAAGACAGUUGGUUUGCCUCGGCCGUGUUUUACUUAAGAAAAGCAAGAUAUUAGUACUUGAUGAAGCAACUGCAUCAGUUGAUACAGCUACAGAUAAUAUUAUUCAGCAGACAGUUAAACAACAUUUCUCUGAUUGCACAGUCAUUACCAUUGCUCAUAGAAUAACUUCAAUCCUUGAUAGCGACAUGGUUCUGUUUCUCAGUGAAGGACUUAUUGAGGAAUAUGAUUCACCAAAGAAGUUGCUUAAGAACAAAUCUUCAUCUCUCGCUCAACUAGUUGCAGAAUACACAAGGAGGUCAAACACUGGUUUUGGAAGUUGA